AUGGUUCAAAAAUCAAAGCUCGUCUUCGCGUCGGGUGCGGUCAGCGCAGCAACGGCCUUAGGCCAUGUCUUUGGAAAACCUCUGUUAGCCAAAGACACAAUCCCAUGUUCACCUUUGAUUUGUGAUCAGGUCCAUAAGGAGCUGUCACAUUCACAAAUCCAGCAGGCGCAAUCACCAUCCCAUAGAUUUCAACAGCAGUGCUCCGUUCACAAGAAAUUUCGUCUCUUUCGGCAACGACCACGGAAAUGUCCUGUGCACUCGCUAUCCUUGGCUCCAAGUUACAUCCUUCCACCAACCUCGGUUCAUCCACUAGUAGUUCAUCCAGACAAGAUUUUAUUAGAUCGCCAUGACGAGGCCCCAACAACGUCACCAUGGAAAACAUCACUGACAUCCCCUACAUCGUCUCGACUUUCGUUGUAUUCAACCCUAUCAUUAUCGCUCUCCACAUCCUCGUUUCAUCAUGGAUCAGAUGGUGAGAGCAGCAACAACAGCACAUUCCAAUCCUUCUCAAAAAAGAAAAAGAAGAAUUUGAAAAAAGAACAACAGCAGCAGCACCUCCGAUGCCUAUGCUAUCUCGAGGCCAUGCUUGAACAGCCCGAAUCUCCGCAACAGGCCAAGGCUCAUUCAAAGCCACUGCUAUCCUCACCAUGGUACCAUCAAAGACAUCAGAAGGAGACCAGUCGUCUUAGGAGGAUCUGGAAUGAUUCUACUAUCUUUCACUGGUCAAAGUCCUCAACGACGACUCGCCGUAAUCAGGAACAACAACCACAUCAAGUAGGACAUCAACCACGACAAGAACCAAUAUUUGUGCAAACUUCUCAUUUGCGGACGAUGGAGAUAAAUGAUGCUCCCAUGAGGAACAGUCUUAGUGGCACAGAUAUUUCUGACGAGGGCAACCACUCUCUGACAGAUGCCGAAGACUAUGAGGAUAGUGAACUAUAUUCGAUUGGUAACAACUGUCAACAAGUGUCAUUUCAGGAACACCCCUGCAGACCAAAAUCUCGAUCCACUCGACCAGGAGAUGAUCUAAAGGCUAUUUCGCGCCAUCAAGAAGAGCUUAAUCAACAACCUCCCACACCUAUCGAUUUUAACGACUACAGAACGUCGGAUGGAACACCGCUGCUAAAUCAAGAAACUCGGCCUUUGGCUUCGACAUUCGCUUCUGCAGAUAAUGAAGAUGAGGAUGAAGAUGAGGACUGGGAUGUUCAGUCAGUACAGUCAGACUCUGGUGCUCCUUCUUCCAGUCCCAUGUACUCUGCGGAUGCCCGUGAACCAACGUCGUUCUCAACAGUCGCUUUACCCUUGCCUUCGUCAUCCGAUAAAAGUUUCCUCAAGAAGCCUUCGAACGCUAAUCUAGGCAGUCUGAGGAAUCGUCAGCGGUGUCUGUCGCUCCCCGCUGACACGAUGCUUCCAAGGCUUCGAAAGAUGUCAACCACUCCCAGUGAAAACUGGGAUGAAGACUUUGACAUUGACUCGAACCACAUUAAUGUGCCAACAAAGGUAGUUGAGAGUCAGAUCUCGUUACAAAUGGGCCUUCACGAUAUUAAAGAUUUUGCUUCGCGUGUUGAAGACCUGAAAACUCUUCGCGCUUCGCUCAGGAAGGCAUCCAGCUCACUCAAAGCAACCAACCCUAAGAAGCACCAGGAUCUGUCUAUGCUAUUUCAGCGGGAUUGGGAACAAGCAGAAGUGAUUAUUGAUCUUGGAGAGAUUGCUCAGACGAGCACAUCUUCAGGCAGCACCGGGCCUGCGUUAGCGGCUGGACCGCUAUCGCUUCUGUCUGGUAAGGGAUCGCAACAAUCAAGCGUUAGCAAGGGCAGCAGCCGAAAGCCUCAACGACCAGCUCUUUCAACUACAGGGCAAAAACAGGGACUAAGGCAGUGUGGUGUGAUGGCUUCUUCUGCACCAAGCACCAUGACAUCAUUUCCAGCCUUGGGUUCGACAGCUCGAUCGACUUCGCAGUCGUCGACACUGACAGAAACAACUUUGGUAGGACAAUUACCCGUAGAUGGCGAUUUGGAUUCAGAACAGGAUUCACGUAUCGCCUCACGUUCUUCAUCAGGUUCGACUAUUGGGAUGGAAGCGGCUGUAGAAGGUCUCUCAAUUUCCCAGGUAGAAAAACGACGACCCAAUCUUGGAUCUGGCAUCACCCCAUUACAACCAACAACGGCAGCCAUGAUGAAGGAGGAUUUUAGCGGUACAACUGUAUUAGGUUUAUGCACUACCCCAAUAACUCCAUUACCGAACGGGUUAGCAGGAGCGAUUAAAGGUGAUAAUAGCCCAACCGAGUAUGAGCCCAGUACUAAGUGGCGCCACCAUGACAAGGAGGACUCUUCCGUAGCAUUCGAGGCUACUUCUGCCAUGGCAUCUAAUUCUUCAAGUGGCGGUGGGGCAGGCGGCGUUCAGUCGGAUGUUGACGCAUCGCUUCAUCGAUACCACAAAUACAAUCGCCAUGAUCGCCACUCCAAGAUUCACUCGAGCAGCCACUAUCCCAUCCCUCAUGAUAGCGAUGAUGACUACGAUGACGAGGAUGAUGAGGAUGACGGAUAUGAAAGCUACGGAUAUGGUCAUGCUCGCGAAGGAGGCUCAUCGUCGUCCGUUGGCGUGAUCACACCCAUCCCUACGGACCGUCAUAUGCAAGUCCUGAAGGAUAUUCUGAUGGAGGGUUUAGGAUCAGAGGUAGCACGGCAGUAUAUGUUCAAACACGGCGAGCAGGAUCAUGUGAGGUUUUCAGUCGAGGUCAUACCUGGCUUAUUAGGCCAUUUGAAAGGUCUACAGCAGCGACUAGGUGACCAGCUGAUGGAAUUACAACAGCUGACGGAAUUGCAACAGCUGACGGUUAUUGUAUAG